AGGAACAAAACAAUAUCGAAUGAAUCAACUCCGUUGUAGAACUAAAAGAAAACUGAAUCGCGCAGGAAGGGAUUAGAUUUCUAAUAAAACCUUCUCGUUUGUUUCCUUAAUUAAUCCUUUUUCAUUUCUUCAAAACCUAAACCACAAUGUUGUUUUCAACUUUGAGGCAUUUUCGUUUCUCCAAUUUUCCUCUUUUUCAACUUUCAAACCCUAAAUUCAUUCCUUGCUUCCAUUCUUCAUCAAUGCUAAUGCUAUACUCUCAAUUACAUCACCAACAAGAAGACCAACAUAAUCAUCUUGUUUCUUCAUUCAAUCAAUUACUACAUCAGAAUCCAACUCCACCCAUCUUCCAUUUUGGUAAGAUUUUAGGUUCUCUUGUUAAGUCCAAUCAUUACUACACUGUUGUUUCACUUCAUCGUCAGAUGGAACUAAAUGGAAUUGCUUCAAAUUUAGUCACUUUCAACAUCUUGAUCAAUUGUUUUUCUCAAUUGGGUCUAAACUCUCUUUCCUUUUCUGUAUUUGCCAACAUUCUCAAAAAGGGUUAUGACCCAGAUGCCAUAACUUUGACUACACUCAUCAAGGGUCUUUGUCUCAAAGGUCAGAUCCAUAAAGCAUUGAACUUUCAUGACAACGUCGUAGCACUGGGAUUUCAGUUGGACCAAGUUAGUUACGGGACCUUAAUCAAUGGGUUAUGUAAAGUAGGAGAAACAGGUGCAGCCUUGCAGUUGCUGAGACGAGUUGAUGGGAAACUGGUACAACCUGAUGUGGUAAUGUACAGUGCAAUUAUUGACAGUAUGUGCAAAGAUAAACUUGUUGAUGAUGCUUUUGAUUUAUAUUCUGAAAUGGUCGCUAAGAGAAUUUAUCCCGAUGUUUUCACUUACAAUGCUUUGAUUAAUGGCUUUUGCAUUGUUGGUAAAUUGAAAGAAGCAAUUGAUUUGUUUAAUAAAAUGAUAUUGGAAAACAUCAACCCUGAUGUGUAUACCUUCAAUAUAUUGGUUGAUGCAUUUUGUAAGGAAGGAAAAGUGAAAGAAGCUAAUAAUGUGUUUGCUAUGAUGAUCAGAAAAGGUGUUAAACCUGAUGUUGUUACUUAUAACUCUUUAAUGGAUGGAUAUUGCUUAGUUAAAGAAAUGAAAAAGGCCAAGAGUAUAUUCAAUAUCAUGGCCCAAAGUGGAGUGACUCCUGAAGUUCGGAGCUAUAGUAUUAUGAUUAAUGGAUUUUGUAAGGUUAAAAUGGUGGAUGAAGCCUUAAUUCUCUUCAAAGAAAUGCGUUGUAGAAACAUUAUUCCUGAUGUGAUAGCUUACAGUUCCCUUAUUGAUGGUUUGGGCAAAUCAGGGAGAAUCUCUCAUGCUUUGCAGCUUGUUGAUGAGAUGCAUGAUAGAGGUCAACCACCUAAUAUAGUUACCUACAAUUCUAUAUUUGAUGCUUUAUGCAAAACCCAUCAUGUUGAAAAGGCGAUUGCAUUAUUAACAAAAGUUAAGGACGAGGGCAUUCAACCAAAUAUGAACACAUAUACUAUUCUUAUUCACGGAUUGUGUAAAGUUGGAAGAGUAGAGGACGCGAGAAAUGUUUUUGUAGAUCUUUCAUUCAAAGGCUACAAUCUAAGUGUUUAUACAUAUACUGUUAUGAUCCAAGGGUUUUGCAUCAAGGGCUUGUUUGAUGAAGCGUUGGCCUUGCUAUCAAAAAUGAAAGACAAUGGUUGCAUUCCAAAUGCCAAAACUUAUGAAAUAAUUAUCCGUUGUCUAUUUGAUAGAGAUGAAAAUGAUAAGGCAGAGAAACUUCUACGUGAAGCUGUCGUGAGAGGUCUACUGUAAGAUUGAAACUAGUGUAUUCAACGUAUAGUUGAUCCCCAUCGCUUCUUCCAAGUCGCUGAUUCCAUCACCAGUCCGUUUUCAUCGCAAAGGAUUGAGCCAUCUUCCGUCGUGUUGCUGCUGCAGGUUGGCAUCGGUGUUGGCCUUGAUAUAAUUCCUGGUAAGGGUUUUCUCCAUCUUGGCUGAGCAGUAGUUGAUUGACAAUGGUUGUUAUUGGUAGUGUGGUUGCUGGUAGGAAUAGCGUUCAAAGUCCAGAGCUUUUUCCAAACUAAAUUUUGUUGUUGGUUACUUGAAGGACUAGCCUUUUCACUAUAUACUGCCCAUCUUUAGAGUGCAUCCACAUAAGUUGGUCAUCAAUUGGCUCUUUUAUUAAAGGAAGUUGUUUGAAUUGUUCUCCUUCAAAAGCUAAGAAUACUAACCAAUCGUUAAUUGGUUCAGCGAUGAUUGGUGCUGAACUUGGUAGAGAGGACCACGAUUCGAUCCCCACAACUGCGAUCGGAGGGGGCGAGAACCACUUGAUGCAAGAACUGACCCCCUAACCAGAUUAGGCGGUCCAGCGGGCCGGAUAAUGGUGGUGAAAACCAAAAACAAAAGAAUACUUGGUCGAUAAGAUUGACAUUCCACUCAGCCGAGGGUUGGAAAAGCAUAAGGUCAUUUACUGUAGUAAUGUUGGAGUGGCUAUUUUGAGGAGUCAAAAUUUUGAAGCCAUUUUGUCUAGGAAGCCAGUUGUCCUCCCAAGGAUUUAUAGUAGUCCCAUUCCCAAUCUUCCAGCAUCCUCCCUUUUUAAGAAUCCACAAAGCUUGUUGAAUGCUCUUCCAGACAUGACAUAACUAGGUUUGUAUCCACUCUGUACUUGUAGAACAUCAGUAUUAGGAAAAUAUCUUGCUUUAAAAGGCUUUGUCCUAAUAAAGAAUUAGGAUUUGUGUCAAGUCUCCAUCCUUGCUUGGCCAACAUGGCCUGGUUACAAAGAUGCAUAUUCCUGAAGCCCAAACCUCCAUCAAAUUUUGCCUUAAAAAGAUCCUUCCUUCUUUUUCAAUGGAUUUUGUGGUUACCAUCCUUACUUCCCCACCAGAACUGACAUAUAGCCUUUUCAAUUUGCUCACAAACCUUUUUAGGUAGUAAAAAGCAACUCAGUAUAUAAAUACAAUUUGAAACAAAUGAACACGCACCAAUAUGGGACAAUAAUGCCAACGCUAACACUUUGUUGAUGAAUGAAAUAAUAUAACUUUGUAUAUUAAUAUUCUAAAGAAAAAUCCUUCAUUCUUUAUUUUGGCAUUUCAUUUGGGCCACUGUCAAUAAAGAGCCCAAACUGACGCAGUAUUUAGCAAACCUCAAUAAAACGACGUCGUCACGUACUUUAGAUUUGUCAAUUUUUAUUAUGGAUGAAAAAAUCAAUCUGUGAUUGUAAUAUAUGAUUUGUUUUUAGCUUUUUGAACCAA